AUGGGUUCCCAGCUGUUGAUCGUCUUCGCCUCGUCGGCCCUGGUGGCGUUGGUCUUUGCCGGCAUCAAGACCGACAUCCUCAUCCGGAAGGGCAGCUGCUCGCCAGGGCAUCAAGUCGUUGCGGGCGAUGACAAGUAUCGCGUGGCUUUGAUGGAAAUCGACCUCGCCAAGAAUGAUCAGAUUGACGACCAGUACGACGGGGAUGUCAGGCGCUACGAAGGAGAAUUCUUCAUCGGGCAAAACAUCACCGACGCCUGCCAUUUACACUAUGACAAGUGGACCGGUGACAAGGUGGAAAGAGGCCUUAAUAGCCCGUGCACGUCAUGCUGUGAUUGGCAACAUUGCGAUGGGAACAGCUACAUCCUGAACGAGGACUACAAAUACAAACUA